UUAACCCGCCAUCAACAAUCUUUCCUCCGUCCCUUACUCUUCUUCCAUUCUUUACAGUCCCCCUCUACCAAAAUCCCCGUCAUUUCCCAAAUUAUUCCCGCGAAACAAACCCAUUCCCUCCAGGUCCAUCUCAAACACAAGCAAUAUGUCCUUCAAAACCACGGCAACCAUUGCCUCGUUCGGCGGCAAAUUGCUGAAACUCACUCACAAUGCCAGCACAGUAGGUUGUGAAAUGGCGUUGAAUCUUUACCUACCACCUAAAGCUUCUGCCGAAAAAAAGGUGCCGGUCAUUUUCUACUUGGCGGGUCUUACAUGUACAGGAGAUAAUGGAGCAGAGAAAGGAUUCUUUCAAAGUGCGGCGAGUGAGAAAGGAAUCGCGGUGGUUUACCCCGAUACUAGUCCGAGUAAGUUUCCUCAAGGCCUCGAGGGAACGAGUCACUUUUGUCUUGAUUGAUUGAGGUUUAGGGAGACGAUGGAGCGGAAAGAGAUAGCACAAAAGCAAUCAAUUAAGAGGUCUACAACUAACCAUGUGCUCAUUCACAGGAGGCCUGAACAUUGCCGGCGAAAACGAUUCCUGGGACUUUGGCACCGGCGCUGGAUUUUACAUCGAUGCCACAAACCCACCCUAUUCUACCAACUACAAAAUGUACAGCUACAUCACCUCUGAGCUUCCCUCCUCUCUCUUCUCCUCCUUCCCAGAGCUCGACUCCUCAAGAAAAAGUAUUAUGGGCCAUUCGAUGGGUGGACAUGGUGCUCUUACACUAUUUUUGAAGAAUCCGGGGAUGUACAAGAGCGUGAGUGCUUUUGCGCCAAUUUCGAAUCCAGUUAAGUGUCCAUGGGGAGAAAAGGCGUUUACAGGGUAUUUUGGUGAGGAGAAGAGGGAGGAGUGGGUGAAGCAUGAUGCUACGGAGUUGAUUAAGGGAUUUAAGGGAGAAUUUCCGGCGUUGAUUGAUGUGGUGAGCUCCAUUCGUUUUUGGUUAUGCAUUAAUACAGGGAGAUGGGAUCGAUGGCUGAUAUGAAUGGAAAUUGUGCAGGGAACCGGAGACAAUUUUUAUAAACAAGGACAGUUAUUACCAGAAAAUUUUGCGGCUGCAGCAAAGGAGUCUGGAAAUGAUGGGAAUUUAACAUUGAGAUAUCAAGAGGUAUGUUUAUGUCUUGUUCCUCUGUAGGGUGAAGCUGGAAAGGCGAAAGGAAACUAAUGUCUUCGAAUAGGAGUACGAUCACUCAUACUUUUUCAUUUCGACUUUUGGAAGAGACCAUAUUGAACAUGCUGCGAAAUACUUAUUCGCAUAGUAUGUCCUCUAUUUUUUAGUUGCAUGCAGACAAGGCUCAAAUACUGAUUUUCAUAGAAGCGGGAAGGAUAAUGUAAAUAGGCACAAGCUAUAAAUAUAAAUCUGUGAUUCUUUCUAUAUAAAAAU